UUCUUUCACAUCAUUUAACCAGCAGUCUGGGUUAUAUAGACAGGAAAGAACACCAGGAACAGCAAAGAGGAAAAGAACUCAACAGGAUCAUUGCCCAGGAUAUUCCAGGAUUGGGAGCCAAAUCACAAUGAAGCUAUUUUAUAUAGUACUGCUACUUGCUAGUUGUACUGCUGCUGUCCCUCUGGAAAUCACAACUAGACAAAUGCAACCCACUUUACAGUCACAGGGCUUUACCACAGAACCCAGUCCUACUGAGGAAAAGUCACGCUUCGCCAUGCUGGAUGACGUUCGACUGCUUGCCAACGGCCUACUGCAACUUGGCCAGAGUUUACGAGAGUUUGUGCGCAAGACCAAGGCCCAGAUCAACGACAUCUUUCAAAAGCUAAACAUUUUUGACCGUUCUUUUUACCAGCUCUCAGUUGUCACUUCAGAGAUUAAGGAGGAAGAGGAGGAACUGAAGCGAACUACCAACUACUUGAAGGCAAACAAUGAGGAAAUCAAGAACCUGUCGCUGGAAAUCAACUCAAAAAUCAACAACAUUAUGCAGGAACGCACACAGCUACAAAGCAAGGUGGGAAGUCUUGAAGAGAUGCUAAAGGGACUUUCACAGAGCAUAGUGCCUGCUGACCAGCUGAGCGAAAUCACAACUCUCAGGGAUGUGAUUGAAACACAAGAGAAAACCAUUUCCAAUCUACUGAAGGCAGUGAAAGAGCAGCACGAUCAACUAGACUACCAGAAAAACAAAAUCAAAAACCUGGAAGAAAAGCUAAGUUAUGACAACUCUCAAGACACAGUUGAUAAACCAAUGGAUUCAGACCUAGCAGCUCCUGACAUGUUUGAAUAUCUGUCCGAAAAUGCAACUGGGCGGGAUACAAAAGAUCUCCCUAUGGACUGUGGGGAGUUGUUUAACAAAGGGAAAACAAAGAGUGGAAUCCAUGUUAUAAAGCCAAAUGGAUCAGAACCAUUUAAUGUCUACUGUGACAUGAGCUCUGAUGGAGGUUCAACCGUCAUCCAACACAGGGCGGAUGGUUCAGUGGAUUUUGACCAGACAUGGGAGAAAUAUGAGAAAGGUUUUGGAAAUCUGGAAAAGGACUUCUGGCUGGGCCUAGAAAAGAUUCACAGUAUCGCACAGCAGGGAGAUUACACCCUACGUAUUGAUAUGGAAGACUGGAAGGAGGAGAAACACUGGGCUGAGUACCAGUUCUCAUUGGGUGGUCCCUCAGAAUACUACACUCUACAUGUCAGCAAUUUUUCUGGGGACAUACUGGAUGCCUUGACCAACAUGACUGGCGUUAGAUUCUCUACUAAAGAGGGGACUAACGACAAAACUCGGAACGCUGACUGUACUCGUAGUUACACAGGAGGUUGGUGGUUUAAUGGAUGUGGGGAGACCAACCUCAACGGACGGUUUACUUGGUUGAGAGCAAAGAGCCGUUCUGCAAGAAGGAGGGGCAUCUACUGGAGACCUGGUGCAGGGUCUUCAUACGCCCUAAAGAUGACCAAGAUCAGCCUGCGACCAGUCCUCACUCAAACAAUCUAAACUUAAUCCCACUACGGACAUCUGUUAUCACUGCGCUAAAAUCAAAUACUUAACCAUAGAGGCUCAAAGAUAGAUAAAGUAAAAUGAGCCACCACAGAAAACACCACAGUCUACGUGAAAAAAAACAUCUUGAAUGUAUCUGUAACAUUUAAUGUAAUUUAUGUUCAAACACCACUCUGCCACAGACUGAGGCAGAUGAAGGCCAAAAAUGUUCAAAGUCACAAAAUGCUAAACAGUCAAACACUGAUGAAACUCUUGCCACAUGGGUCAUCAACCUGUCAGAUUUGGGCCAAUGAGGACAGUAGAACUGCCCUUAUGCAACAUCUGCAGGUACUUGCAAAAUGGACAUAUUGAUCCAUAGUAAGCAGCAUGUUGCUUUAUGGCAAUGCUGCAUUUGGAGAGUUGUCUUCACAUAAUUACCCCACCAGUGAUAUGGACUUUAAUACAUAUGGUAAUUUGUCAGCUGUUUAAACAUAACAUGAAUCUGGCUUGCAUGUUUUAAAGACCUACACACAUAAUUGCAUGCAUUUUUUAAGAAAAGGCUGCAUAUCUUACAUUUAAAAAAAAUGCUAAUACGCUUUUAAAAAUGACGGCCAUGUGUCCCCAACAACAGAACGAAAAUUGCGAUUUCAAUGUAAACUGUGUUAAUGCACUGGCGAGACCUUGGACCAUUUUUAAUGUUUUUUUUUUAUUCUUACUCUGUAAAGUAUUUAAGCCAUGUGCAUAAUAUGUGAAUAAUGUUGGUACUGUUAGGAUCAUCAUUCUCAUGUAUAUUCAACAUUAUUGAGUCAUAUUGACUCUUGUUCAUUCUUUCAACUGUACUGUAACUGUGCCUCACACCAACAUGUCACCUUGCCACAUAGCCGUGCUCUGAAAAAAAAAAUCAUAUUUAUGUCAACACAAUAAAAAAAAAUCAAUGUGACGUAAGUCUUA